AUGACCAACCGCCGCCACAACAACCCCCAAUAUCUUUACAUCCACCAUCCCCAGCCCAUCCACACCGACUCCCGCCCAACAAAGGACCACGCUGCGGCCCUUUACUCGCCCGCCCUCUGCCUGCCGCAGCAACCUCUGCGCUCGCACCUCCAGUACGCCCACCUGCCCCCGUAUCUGCUGCUGCACCCCUUCUUGCAGCUUGCGCGCAUCGACGAAGUGCAUCAAUCCCUCUCGCACACGCCCUUUCCAGCCGUAAUUGUGUCUCCCCACUCGCUGAGCCCGCCGCCCCAGCGGGACUCAGGCCGCACCCACUCCAAGAAGCCUCCCGUCAAGACGGCACAGGCACCCAAAGAUACCACAGAUGGGCAUAAGGAUACAAAGCGCAGCGUGCCCAACUGCACGCCCACGGUGACAUCAAACGGUGCUCCAAACAUGGCAAGCAAGCGGGAACAGGCAGCUCCGCCGCCUCUCACCGACACACAGACACAGGCACAGGCGCGACCGCAGCGACCGUCCAUAGUCUCGCACCACUCGAGCUCAGUCCCCUCUACUCCCUUGCAGGUCGCCCGUAAAUACAACACGCCCUCACGCUCGCCCUCGCCCAACGGUGGUCUGGGUGGCCAUUCGCCACGCUCCGUCUCCUCCGAAGCAAACGGCGCCAUGCCUACCCUUAGGCCCGCUCGUCCCUUCAAAUGCAGGUUCGAAACCAAUGUUGGCAUGCUGGGCCGGAGACGAAUGCCUUACCAAUCAGACGAGAUAUUGGACAAGGCCAAAGAGGAGCCCAAGAAGAGCUUGGACCCCCACGAAGACGACAAGUUGAGCGGUGACAUGCGCGAGCUGUAUGACCGGUUACUGCCCAAGCAGCAGGAUAACGAUACGCGAGAGCGCUUCGUGAAGAAGGUGCAGCGCAUACUGGAAACGGAGUUUCCGGGCACUCAAAUGAUGGUUCAUGUAUUUGGGUCCUCGGGCAACAUGCUAUGGACAUCGGAGAGCGAUGUUGACAUUUGCAUCCAAACGCCCAUGAAAAGGCUAGAAGAGAUGCACCCGCUGGCUGAGGCUCUCGACAAGCAUGGCAUGGAACGUGUCGUGUGUAUUCCCGCGGCCAAGGUCCGGAUAGUAAAAGUCUGGGAUCCCGAGCUGCAGCUCGCCUGCGAUAUCAACGUGAACAACGUCGCCGCAAUCGAGAAUACGCGCAUGAUCAAGACGUACAUCCAGCUAGAUGACCGCGUACGGCCAUUGGCCAUGAUUAUCAAAUAUUGGACAAAACGCCGUAUCCUGAACGAUGCUGGCAUUGGUGGCACAAUCAGCUCGUAUACGUGGAUAUGUAUGAUUCUCAACUUUCUUCAAACACGGGAUCCGCCGGUUCUACCCAACCUACAUGAGCUCCCUCAGCGAGCGCGAGACGGAGCAACCGGCCAGCCGUCAUUGUCAAGUUUCGCCGAUGAUGUUGGAAAGCUGAGAGGCUUUGGUGAAAAUAACAGGGAAAGUCUGGGCCAGUUGCUCUUUCACUUCUUCCGUUUAUAUGGACAUGAGGUAGAUUAUGAAAAAGAGACAAUCUCGGUGCGCCAGGGUAAACGCAUACCAAGAGAAGAAAAAGGCUGGCACCCGGGCGGUGGUCAGAAGGAAGGCGUCAACCGCCUUUGUGUAGAGGAGCCCUUUAACAUUGACCGAAACCUGGGGAACUCAGCAGAUGACUACGCGUGGCGUGGGAUACAUUUGGAGAUACGUCGUGCUUUCGAUUUGCUCGCAGACGGCCAGCAGCUCGACAAAGUGUGUGAACAGUUCGAGUACCCCCCUGAAGAAAAGUCCAACGCCAUCUUCAAAAAACCGCAGUCACAAAAGGCGAUCAUCACUUCGAGUGUACCAAGUCGCAAUGGCCGAGGUGGUUCCAACUCGCGCGGAGGCAGAGGCGGUUUCAGCCUCAAGGGUCAACACGGAAACAGCAGACGUUCUUCUAACAGCUCGAAUUACAGUCAGGGCCGCCCGCCCUUUCUGCACAGUCCACCCAUUCCUGCGAGUGCUGGUCCAGAAUACUUCAGCUUCCCUCGAGGUAUUCACGACCAGCUCCAUGAUCAGCUAUACCAGCAAUACCAGAUGUUGGAAAUGCAGUCAAAUUCUUUGCGUGCGCAGUUGGCCGCUCAGCAGCAUGCUCAGCAAGCACACCAAGUAAGGGCUGCUCAGAUGCAUGCCCAUGCCGUUGCUCAGGCACAAGCACAAGGAAGAGCACCAAACAGCGCGAGCGGAUCACCUCAAAAGUCGCAGUAUGUUAAUGGGCGUCAAAGCCCUAGGUUGGCUGAGCGUGGAAUACCGCCAAACGCUCUCCCUCAGGGAUUCCUAUACCACUACCCUGGCUUCUACAACCCCUCUCAGGUGGAUAUCAACGGAUCACAGGACGGCUCACGGACAAACCCAUCUUCGCCAUCUCUGAGCAGCAGCAUGCCUGGUGUACAUCGAGGUGUUCACCGCGCGUCGAAUGCUAGUGAGACAACCUCACUUCGUUCGCAUUCGCAGCCACCACGUAACGCUGCUCAGCAGCCUGUCAUUGUAGGGUAUCCGCCUAUGCCCCAGUUCGUUGACCCAAGUAUGUUUGCCGGCUACACCAUCGCACGGUCUUCGCAAGAUCUCUCAACUGCACAAGUCACGUCAGAUGUUCCAGUAAAUCCAAUGGUUGCUCAGCAAGAGUCAGCCCCAUCUUCGGAUAAUGGCUCACCGAAGGACUACGUGGGCUAUUCCGUGGCAGAACAGCCGCAGCCACAGCCGCAGCCAACGCCGGUGCGCUCAUUACAAGAGUACACUGUGUCGGCAAUUCCAUCUUUCAGCGAACUGGCCCAGCGCCGCAGACGGGUGUCGCCAGAGAUUACCCAGCCUCUUUUGAACACUGCAUUGCGGCGGGUAACAAGAUCACCUUCUCCAUUGGGAGGCCAUAUGCGAAGUUAUUCGAGCGGUGUUGCCCAGCCAAACGACGCCGUGCCUGAGCAGCGCAAGUCGCGCGUUGACUCUGUACGGCCUGCGCCUGUUGAUAACGGUCCAGUAAUUGUCAAUGGCUCGUUUCCCACGCAGUCUCGUCCUAAGGGUGACACAUUUGACACCGCUCCACCUGAGGCGCCACCUUCAGCCCCGCUUGCUAUGUAUCCUGACGACCAGGCCAUUCAACAGAUUCAACAGCUCCAGGCACGUCAGCAAUUAGUACUCCAGGAAAUGCAGAGGCAAAAAGUGGUAGAGAACAUGGGGCCUCCCAUUGUUAAUGGAUCCACGAAUGGGCACCGAUCACUGGAUUUGAAUGGCAUGCAGCGCGCACCUGUUGAAAGCCAGCAGCCAUUUCCUGCAGUUGGCGAUGCCUGGGUAAAUUACGAGAUACCCAACAGUCACCACGGUGACCGCGUUGAAGACGUAUCGCCAACCCGUAUGGUUCCUCAUCCUCAGUGGGCUGCGCCUGCAUACCCCAAUGGUCUGCCACCCCUAGAAACAACAAAUGUGCAGCGAGCGCAUCCCCAGGAGGUCAAAUCUGCAACUAUUCCUUUGUUGUCACCAGUGUUUGAGACUCGCACGCCCUCUCCAACUGCCACACGUUCUUCCGAACUCACCAAGGUUGUGAAUAGCAGCAAUGGGCACAAGUCACAGUCAAAAUCAAACAAUCAGCAGCCACAUCGCCGCGGAUCAGUUACAGGCGGAUCGAACGGCAACGGCAAGGAUAACCGCAAUGGCCAGCAACAAAAAGCUACUCAAAACCACGAGCGCACAAACAAAGCGAAUGCAGGGAGCUCUAGCCCUAGCUCUUGGCAACAACAGGCUCCCCGUAAGAAGGGGAAGAACAAGAAACCAAGGGCGCCAGAGCAGAAAGCCAUGGGUGAGCCAUUGCCUGCUAAUGCUGCUGAUCGGAAAGGUGGUUAA